AGCGCUUGAGCGAUCACAUGCAUUCCUGAAUCCUAAAUCCCAAAUUGGCAAUCAACACUGCUGCCUGCUUCCACCUUGUCCAACUCGACGUUCGUCACAUAUCGCUAUGGAUAAUUCUUAUCAAUCCCAGUCAUCGUCGCCUCGUCGGCCAGAUAUGAAAAGGAAACUUGUCGUAGUAGGAGAUGGUGGAUGUGGAAAGACUUGCUUACUGAUCGUGUACGCGGAAAAUCGGUUUCCAGAGGCUUAUAUCCCAACAGUAUUCGAAAACUAUGUGACACAGGUGCAAUUUGAAGGGAAGGAGAUAGAGUUGGCGCUAUGGGACACUGCAGGGCAAGAAGAAUAUGACCGAUUAAGACCGCUCAGCUACCCAGAAAGCGAUGUUAUUCUCAUUGUGUUUUCCAUUGAUUUUCCAACCUCUCUUGCCAAUGUCCAAGACAAAUGGUAUCCUGAAGUGGCACAUUUCUGCGAAGGCACACCCCUCAUCCUGGUCGGAACCAAGACGGAUUUGCGAAGCGACGACCAGACGAAACGUAUGCUCGGAGCUCAGGGUCAAACACCAAUAUCACCUCAGCAGGGUGCUGCUAUCGCGAAGGAGAUUGGCGCGAAAUACAUCGAAUGUUCAGCAAAGACCGGGAGGGGUGUACACGACGUUUUCAAUCUUGCUCUCAAGGAGAGCAUGAAAGGGCGAUGGGGGAAAAUUGUCAAGAAACGGCGCUGUAUCAUCGUAUAACCUUUCACUUUCAACGUUUCCUCCUCCUUGCUCGCGCUGAUGACGAACGGAUACGCGCAUGGACACGACUUUGAUAUCUAUCUGCUGCUUUGCAUCUUAUUUAUAAUAUUCUACUUGCAUAUGCUUCAUAUUUCACCACAAUACCUGCCUCCAAUUCAAGCAAAAUUAGACGCAACGUCAGGCAAUGUCG